UUUACUUCAUCAAAUCCUAGUAGCUUCCGUUACUAGCUAUACACCAUGGAAUACAUUAACCAGUACUACUGCAAAUGUAUUAUUUUGGCUUUGAUCUUCAUGCUGGGAGCCUUGUCUUCUCAAGCCACUUCUCGCACUCUCCAAGAUGCAUCAAUGUAUGGGAGAUACGAGCAAUGGAUGGCUCGUUAUGGACGUGUAUAUUCUGACAUUAACGAGGAGGAGAAGCGCUUCAAUAUUUUCAAGGAAAAUGUUGCCUUCAUAGAAUCUUCCAACAAUGAUGCAAACAAACUUUACAAAUUGAGCGUCAAUCAAUUUGCAGACCUUACGAAUGAAGAAUUCAAAGCCUCGAGAAAUAGAUUCAUGGGGCACGAAUGUUCCGCAAAGACGACUUCUUUCAAAUAUGAAAAUGUUACUGCACCACCAACUGUAGAUUGGAGAAACAAAGGAGCUGUGACACCAGUCAAGGACCAAGGCCAAUGUGGAUGUUGUUGGGCUUUUUCAGCGGUGGCAGCCAUGGAAGGAAUUACUAAGCUUACAACUGGUAAAUUGAUAUCUUUGUCUGAGCAAGAGUUGGUUGAUUGUGACACAAGCGGUGUAGAUCAAGGUUGUGAGGGUGGUUUGAUGGAUGAUGCAUUUCAAUUCAUCAAUCAAAACCAUGGGCUUAGUACCGAGACUAAUUAUCCUUACACCGGUGUUGAUGGUACUUGCAACACCAAGAAGGAGGCCAACCAUGCAGCCAAAAUAACUGGUCAUGAAGAUGUGCCAGCAAACAGUGAAGAAGCCCUUCUGAAGGCUGUUGCAAAUCAGCCAAUUUCUGUUGCCAUUGAUGCUGGAGGUUCCGAUUUUCAAUUCUAUUCAAGUGGUGUCUUUACAGGAACUUGUGGAACGAGUCUUGAUCAUGGGGUUACCGCUGUUGGUUAUGGAGUUAGUGCUGAUGGGACUAAAUAUUGGUUGGUGAAGAACUCAUGGGGCACUGAAUGGGGUGAAGAAGGAUACAUAAGAAUGCAGAGAGGUGUUGAGGCAAAGGAAGGUCUUUGUGGCAUUGCUAUGGAAGCCUCUUACCCCACUGCAUAACUUGAAUUACCAUCCAAAUCAAUGCCUACAAUAUCUAAUACCCUGGACGUGUAUAUCGUAAUAUGUACAUGAUGAACUUGUACGUUUAGUACAAUACGCUAUAUGGUCUGCGCAUCGGUAGUACCAAGUUUAUAAUUACAAAUGAAGAACUUAUUCGAUCUUUUAGUUGAA